AGGCCCGCCCUCUUUUGCUGCCAGGGGACUGGAAGUAUCUGCCCCACUUGCCGGAAGCCAGUAGCGGGUGACUAACGCCUGUCCUUGGUCCCGCGAUCUGCAACUGUGUCCUCGCGAUACUAGUUCCCCCGAAAUGGCCGCCACGAGUCAAGGAAACUUGGAUGGAAAAUUUGAGGCACUGGAUCUUGCAGAAUUUACUAAAAAGCAACCAUGGUGGCGUAAGCUGUUUGGGCAGGAAUCUGGGCCAUCAGCUGAAAAGUAUAGUGUAGCAACCCAGCUGUUAAUUGGAGGUGUUACUGGAUGGUGCACUGGUUUCAUAUUCCAGAAAGUUGGAAAAUUGGCUGCAACAGCUGUAGGAGGUGGAUUCUUUCUACUUCAGCUGGCAAACCAUACUGGGUAUAUCAAAGUUGACUGGCAACGAGUAGAGAAAGACAUGAAAAAAGCCAAAGAGCAGUUGAAGAUUCGUAAGAAUAACCAAAUACCAACUGAGGUCAAGAGCAAAGCUGAGGAGGUUGUGUCAUUUGUAAAGAAGAAUGUUCUAGUAACUGGAGGAUUUUUUGGAGGCUUUUUGCUUGGCAUGGCAUCAUAAGAAAUACAACUUUACUCCAUUGUUUUUUAUUUCUUCUUUUUUCUUGCCAGCACCUUCUGCACUUAAACAUAGGACAAUCAGCACUCCUCUUGCUCCUCUUGUCCUGUACCUUUCUCCCUGUUGUGGCAAAUCUGAAUGGCUUCCAUAGGCUUCUCCUGGUACAAAGUUAAUACAGGCCUUCUCAUAAGUUUGACAUGUUGGAAAAGACAAUAGAUGUUGACUCUCCCAGUAUAUGCCUCAUGACUUGAUCAAUGAGUAGCUUAGUAAAAAUGUUUCCUUUUGAGAAAAAGACAAGAUAUCCUGAGUAAAUUGGGAGCACGGGGGUCAUGGCAGAGGGUAAAAGGGAAAGAGGGGAGGUAUGGAGGAGGGUAGAGAAAAAUGUAUAAUGCAGUAAAAACAAUAAAAAAGUGAAAAAGAAAAGAAAAAAUAUUCCCUUCUGCUAUGUAAGAUACUUUUCCAAACUUGGUUUGGAAAAGCAGCAUAUACUUACCUUAGUAUAUACAUGGAAAGGAAUGAAUACAGUUGCCUUUAAGCAUGAAAGAUCUUGGUAUCUUGGUGUGUGCUUUCUUUUUUAGUUGACUUUAGAUUAUAGAAAGAGAGGUACUUAUACAUGCUAUAAUUAUCCUGCCAAUAUGAUAGUAUAAGUACUAUGACUAAAAAGAUUGACUAUGAAAUGAACUUCUGCUAAAGAUGUAUGAAGUGAUAUAGGUAUUGGACUUGGUAGGUGGGUCUUUAUGGAAACCAAUUGCUAGAAAUUCAUUGUUGGAUGGUCAGACGAGUCAUUUGUAGGUUUUAAAAUCCAGUCCAGAAAUGUUUUCCACCAUUACCACAUACUGCAUCUCAUGGCUGUUUUCAAGUAAUUUAUGUGGGAGAAAGAAGAAACUGUUAGAUGUGUAUUUCAUAGAAAAUUUUCUGUGGUUUGAAAUUUUGUUAAAGUAUUAGGGGUAGCAGUAUUCUUCUAUGGAAGUACUGUUUCUUUAUUCAGUUAGUAUGAAAUAUAACAUAUAAGCCAGAAUUUUAAAGAGAUGUUCCACAUAUUCAGAAUUUAGAAAGACAACGAUACCAUAUGUGAAAUAAAUUGUUUCCAUCAAAGGCAAUCUCUAUCAGAAUUAUUCUUUAAAAUAAAAGUCUGUGUGCACUUCAGAUUUUGCUAUAAUGGCUGUUACCAUGUUCUCAAUUCCAACUAGGAAAUCAUCUUCCAAAAGCUUUCUUCCAUCUUCAUUGCACCUACUGAUAUGGGAAGGUCAUUUGUCAAUCUGUUGUUUCAUUGGUUAAUCAAUAAAGAAACUGCCUUGACCCUUUAAUAGGAUAGAAAAUUAGGUAGGUGGAGUAAACAGAACAGAAUGCUGGGAGAAAGAAGCCGCUUCAGACAGUCGCCAUGAUUCUCCCAUCCGACACAGAUGCAGGUUAAGAUCUUCCCUGGUUAGCCACUCGUGGUGCUACACACAUUAUUAGAAAUGGGUUAAAGCAAGAUGUGAGAGUUAGCCAGUAAGAGUCUAAAACUAAUGGGCCAAGCAGUGUUUAAAAGAAUACAGUUUCCGUGUAAUUAUUUUGGGGCAUAAGCUAGUCAGGCGGCCGGGAGCUGGGGUGGCAGGAACAUAGCCCGCAGCUCCUUACAACCCACAGGACUUACUACUUAAUAAAUUUCAAAUAUUUAUUGAAUAUAUUUAUUUGUAUAAGGAAAACUCCCCUGUUAAAGUUUUAGUUUAAUGCAAGUGAAUUCUUAGAUAUGUAGAUGAACCCAUGUGUAAUAGUGUGCUUUUAAGGUCAUACAUUAAACAUAAUUACUUUUUGACAUACCUUGACAAUGAUGUAUUGAAUUGUAAGAUUGAAAUUACCAGUGGAUGUGUAAAACUGAUUAAGAUUCACCUAUUUGUAUUUCCUUAUUACAUUUUGAUAUUACUUAAGCCAAUAUAAGUUAUUCUAUUUGUAAUAUGUAUUAAUCAUCCUUUUACAUGGUGGUAUAACUCUCCUUGGUACAUAUUUUUCUAAAAGAAUUUAAAAAUGAUUUUUCACUAUUUAUUGUGGAAACAUAAAAGAAUAUAGUACUGUGAUUUCCCAAAGUAUCAAUUGUUUGCCUAUAGCAAUCAUGAAAUUAUAUUUGUUUUGUCAAUUAUUGUAAAAUACCAGUCAUUUUAUUGUUUCCAAUAUCUUUAACACUAAAGCUUUUAAAAAUAUCAUAGGUAUAAUACCUCAUUAUUUUAGAAAAUUUUAAUAUCAAUCUUUUAGUAUCAAACACAUACAUUGUUUUAGGUAAUUUUUGUGUGUCUAGUAUAUUUAUUGAUAACUGUGAGUCAUCAUCUCUUUUACCUGUAUCCUUCUUUGAGUUAUGUAUGCCAUUUAUUCUGACUGUAGCUGUCACUUUCCCCAUGUCUUACCCACAUCAAUGGUAUGGUGACAGCACAAGCUAUUGCAAUGCCCCUUUGGGUAUGUAAUGGGGAGUGGUCAUCUACUACUUCUCUGGUGAGCUAGUAACUGACUUCUGGUCCAUCUGCUUUCUUUGUAAUUAUUGGUGAGUAUAAUAAAGAUUAGCAGGUUGGA